CUCAGAAGCAGUUUUUUUAGGCAGAGGCAGAGCAGUGUUGAGUUUUCUUCUUCUAACAGAAACAAUGAAGCUCUUCAUGUUUAUGUUUCUGGUUUGGAUCCACAGCUCUGCAGCUGUGACCCACUCCCUGAAGUAUUUCUACACUGGAUCAUCACAGAUCCCAAACUUCCCAGAGUUUGUUGCUGUUGGUUUGGUUGAUGAAGUUCAGAUGGUUCAUUAUGACAGUAACAGUGAACAGGCUGUGCCCAAACAGGACUGGAUGGAGAAGAACAUGGACCUUCAAAAACAACAUUGAAGUAGCAAAGCAACG